UCCAGAUAGGCAGCGUGAGGAGAGAGAGCGUUGGAACAGGGACUUCCCUGAGCCUCCAUCAUCUGCAGGGAGGGAAAAACACUCACACACACACUGCCUCCCACACACACACACGCACACUCUGCUGAGAGCUAGCAAGGGGCUUUAAACAGCUUCACACAUAACCGAGACAAAGGGACUGUAACCUGCCACAAUGGAAGAAAACAUGGAUGAAUCGCAAAGCCAGAAAGGCUGUAAGGAGUGCUGCGAGCGAUGUGUGGGCAGCCUGCCCUGGGCGUCGCUCAUCGCCACCAUCCUCCUCUACAUGGGCGUGGCCUUGUUCUGUGGGUGUGGCCACGAGGCUUUGAGUGGCACCGUCACCAUCCUCCAGAACUACUUUGAAGUCAUCAGAGCCCCGGGAGACACUCUGGAUGUGUUCACCAUCAUCGACAUCCUGAAGUACAUAAUUUAUGGCCUUGCAGCUGGAUUCUUUGUGUUUGGAGUGCUGCUGCUGGUGGAGGGCUUUUUCACCACCGGAGCCAUCCGCGAUCUCUACGGAGAGUUCAAGAUCACUGCCUGCGGACGCUGCCUUACUGCAUUCCUGAUGUUCCUGGCCUACCUGUUCUUCCUGGUGUGGCUCGGGGUGACAGCAUUCACCAGCCUGCCGGUCUUCAUGUACUUCAACGUUUGGUCCAUGUGUCAGAACACCAGCUCGGUGGAGGGAACCAACCUCUGCCUGGACCUGCGUCAGUUUGGAGCGGUGACCAUCUCCGAGGAGAGGAAGUUGUGCACGCAGUCCGAGAAGUUCGUCAAGAUGUGCGAAUCCAACGAGCUGGACUUGACCUUCCACCUGUUCGUGUGCGCACUAGCAGGAGCAGGAGCUGCUGUCAUCGCCAUGGUGCACUUCCUGAUGGCUCUAGCCGCUAACUGGGGCUACCUGAAGGACGCCAGUCGGAUGCAGAAGUACGAGGACAUCAAGUCGAAGGAGGAGCAGGAGCUGCACGACAUCCACUCUACACGCUCCAAAGAACGCCUCAAUGCCUACACAUAAACACGCCGCCACGAGGAACGACACACACACACUUACCUGUCAGACACACACGCACACACGGGUGAAAAAGAUUCAUUCAAACAAAUUUACAGACACGAGUAGGCAGAAAUUAGAGGAUAAGAAACCCAUGAGAUCACCGACGCCCUCCUCAUCCUCAGCUCUUCAUUGCUGGUCUGCUCCAAGUUUAACACGAUAAAUCGUCCAGAUUCACCGAACCUAAAGCGGUCAGACAUUUUAGUCUGAAGGUUUCUGAAUGUGAUGGUGUGAGUUUUCAGGCCUUUCAGAGUAAAAUGCUGCACAAACAAAAGUUCUCACUGCAUAACACAAACCAGCGUAACGAGGAAAUGCCAAAAAUCACCGCGGACGAACCCAAAGAAGGAGAAUUAUUUCAAUCUGAUCGCCUAAAGACUCCAAACAGUAACGAUCUACAGCAGACGCAUGAGGACGGCGUCCGUGAGCUCAUCGUCAACACACACACACACACACACACACACACACACGGAGACAUGUAGAUGUGACUGAAUGGUCGGUGUUGUUUGGUGGUGUCAUGCUGUGUUGUGUCGUUCGCCACGCUAUGAUGAUGGUGUCACAGAGAAAUAAGGUCCCCGAGGAAAUUUGUGCCUCCCGGGUACAAAUGGGUAGCUUUGCCAACUCCCCCCACCCCCUCCUUUCUCCCUCCCUGACCUCUGACCUCUUCACGUUGAGCCCAGUUUCAUUAGUUGUUUCAUAGUUUCUCGUGUGGUCGUUUGCGGCGGUGGGGGGUGGGGCGAGGUUUUGGAAACAAAAGCACUGGAUUGGUUAACAUCCAGCAGGUGGUCGGAGACCCGCCUGAGGUUAGCGUUGAGCUCGAGCUUUGGUUAUAGCGUUUUCAACCAUAACCACGGGCCGAUCACGACGACCUGCAGGAGAGAUUUUACCCGUUAAUUGCGGAGCGCCGAUGAUCGCAGAAGAAUCGAUGUCACGAACACGACCAAAUUCUCUCAAUGCGUCUCUAUUUCUGCGUAUCGUAUUCUUCUUUUUAUUCUGAGGCUGACAGCACGCACGGUGGCAGCGGGGGUGCAGCUAGUGAAACGGGGCUCCCUCCUCCCCCCCUCUUCGUCCCCUGAUUGUACAAACUUGUGAUUCGUCCUCAGAAACAGCACAUCUUAGCAGCACAAAGUCUUUUAGUCAUCAUCUCAUCCGUCUGUUACGUAACGUUUUCUCACUUUUCAGGGAUUUUGCCACAUUUUUAUUCGGAUUCUUUCAGUGUGAUUUUAGCACCGGGGUAUUUAAACGGGGGGGGGCUGUAACAUUACCAGGUGAUGAUUCAGUAUUUCAGCGAUUCUGCACACACACACACA